CGAUAGUGCCAUCGUUAGUUUACCAGCUCUAACAGUAGACGCGUUGUCAAAUUCGCUGUUUAUUAACAAAAAAUAUCUCAUCAAACGCCAUCAACAUAGUUAUUUAUUAUUUUGUGCGGGUGUGUAACGGAGCAGAAACAGAACAGAAUUGUUCUUGUGCAAAAUUUUUGCGUAUUUACUUUCUAAUAAAAAAAUAUAUAUGCGAACAUAGUUCACGUGAAAAGGCCCAUAGUUUAUUUGCGCAACAAAAAACACCCAAACGAUAAGGUUUUCGUUUUCGGAAGUUGAGGAGUAACCAAAAAAAAGUAAAGGAGACGGCAAGGCGUUUCGAUUUUCCACCACUAGCAGCCAAUGAAACAACAACAACCACAGUAACAAUCAUAAAAAAACAUCAACACAUCAUCAUAGCAUUCAUUUAAAAUACGCAAUAAACAAUACUAAUAAUAUUUGUGGCUGAUUUUAAUAUAGUUAGUUGAGUGUGUUCUUGUUGUUGUAGGCAAGCAGUCGUCGUCUUGUUAUUAUCUGUUUUGGGGGCAAAACUAGAAGGAAAAAAUAACAACAACAACUUAAAUAUUUUUCUCAUUGGCAUUGCUGGCUAAACAAAUUGAAAACGAAAACAACAAAAAGAAACCAAUUCAAAUGAAACAUCAAAAAGUGAAAAAGUGUAUAUGAAACAAAACAAAAUUAGCAACAACAACAACCACUCAAACAAAAAGAAAACGACAAGUGUGAUUUGUUUUUGUUGUCGUUGUUUAUUGUGUACGUGUGCAUCGGUUCGCUUUGCUCUAUGCUCUGACUGAAUGUGUGCGUCGUGUUUUAAUAGAUUAUUUAAAUGAACAAAUAUUUUACGCUGACAACAAAAACAAGGAAUAACAACAAAAAGCAGCAAAGAAUCGCAAAACAAAUACGAACAUAUAAUAACUACAACAAACAUUAGAAGCAAACAGCUGAAGGAGAAGAGAUAGGGAAAUAUAUUUUUGUACGUUGUUGCAUAAAUUAAAUGCAUCAUCAUCACAGACACCAGCAACAACAACCACCACCAGCACAAUGGCCAAUACGCAAGAAGUGACGCAAAAGGAUUUGCACGAUUUGUUAGAAAUUUUCGAAAGAAAAUCCUUCGAAGCAGGUCCAUGCGAGGAAGGUACAUUGGAAGAAGACAUUACGAAAAAAUGUGAAUUCCUAUUUAAACAAGACUAUUCCCUGAUCGAACUAGAAAAUACAAAUGGAAUCCUCAGUCCACGUUAUCCGGGUCGGAUUUUUAUACCAGAAUAUGAGCACAAUAGACCCAACAACAUGGCAUCUACGAUCACCGCCAACAAUACGAAUAUUUUCUCACAAAAUGCAACGCCACAGAAUAGCAGCAUAAAUGGAUUCCACCAUCAACAUCAUCUCCAUUAUGCGAAUAACUCAACAACAGCUAAUACCACCAGCAGUAAUGGUUCUAUGUCGUCGUUGUCGUCUUCAACGGCGACAGCACUCAAUAUGGGAACAGCCAAUAAUGGUAUACAUGCCUUUGUGACAUUUGCCAACGGGUCCAUGUCACAAACAACAACUAACGGAGUCCCCAACAACUUACCAACAGCAGCACCAGCACCGCCGCAUCCGUAUUUUUCCACACAAAUGCAAUAUCCUCAACAUUUAAUGCCACAAACAACACCAAAUACCAGCGUGGGGUUAAAUGGUGGUGGCGGCGGUGGCAAUGGCACCACAUCCACCUCAACAUCAUAUCAGCAUACCAUCUAUGAAGACUUGUAUGACGUCAAUAAGAUACGUGAACUCAUUACCAUGGCCAAAUAUGCACGGUGUCGUCAACGGUUUGCUGUUCCUGUGAUUAUGUAUCGUGGCAAGUAUAUUUGUCGAUCGGCCACCAUAUCCGUAAUGCCCGAAACAUAUGGACGCAAGGUGGUCGACUAUGCCUACGACUGUUUGAACGGCACAAACUACAGCGAUCGGGGGAAUCAUAUUGUCGACGAUGAGAACAACGACAACAAUGAAGACUCUUUGAUGAAUCAUGCCUUGAAUGAAUCUUCGCCUUUUUCAUACGAUGAAGUGAUUAAGAGUGACAUACAAUUGUUGAAUGCACUGAAUGUGUCGGCAAUUGUCGAUUUGAUGGUGGAAAAAAGGAAAAUCAAGUAUUUUAUGGCGGUCUCUUCAUCGGAAAAGGCUGAUCCAGAAAAUCACUACGAAGAAUUCAAUAUACUAUCGCUACCCUAUCCUGGCUGUGAAUUCUUUAAGAAAUUUCGUGACAAUAAUUAUAUGGCCAAGAAUCUAUAUUACAAUUGGAAACAAUCAUUUAAUGAUGCCAUUAUAAGUGUACCGAAAGUUGGUCCAACAGCUGAUUUGAAUAUUAACUGGAGUGACUACAAACAAUGGGAUUUGGUGCAAAUAACACAAAACUAUCUAAAGGCCUGCCUAAAAUAUAUACAAGAAGAAAAUUCAGGUCUUCUGAUACAUUGCAUUAGUGGCUGGGAUCGAACACCGCUGUUUAUAUCCCUAGUACGGCUAUCGCUAUGGGCCGAUGGUCUUAUUCAUCAGAAUUUAAAUGCUCUACAAAUGGCCUAUUUAACGCUGGCCUAUGACUGGUAUUUGUUUGGCCAUCAGCUGCCCGAUCGUUUGAAACGUGGCGAAGACAUAAUGUUCUUUUGUUUUCAUGUGCUUAAAUAUAUAACCGAUGAAGAAUUUAGUAUUGUAGAACAUAGGAAACGUACUAAAACCUCAAGUAGUAGUGGUAGUAGUGUUAUUGUUAUUAAGUCUGAUUGCUGUGAUGAUGAGCCACUUAAAGAAGACUUUAUAUUAAGUUACGAUCAAGACAGCAAUGAUAGUUUUUCUAAUAGUUCCAACUGUGAUAUGUCCAUAACGGAUAAUUUUUAUGCAACUUCUGCAACGACGACAACAACAAUGCCAACAGCCUCAGUAACAGCACAACAACAAAUGGUUAUGAAUCCUUUUACAAGUCGUUCACCGAAUCCUAAAAGAUCAAAAACUAGUCCUAUAUCAGUGCCAGGUGUUAGCGCUACACGUCAACGACAAGAGUCCACAUCAUCGAAUGGUAGUUGGCAAGUGGUUACCGACACCGGAUCAAUUGAUUCCAUGAUGAAUGGCAGUUAUAUGAUGCAUUUUAUAUCACAACAACAACCGGAUAAUAUAUCGAUAACAUCGUGUAACAGUGGUCACUACGUAAUGACAGGAAACGGAAGUACGACAGGAAAUGGCUACAAUUGCCAUUCAAAUACACCCAGUAAUGGCAGCAAUGCCAGUUUAAGUAGUAAUGGUAUAAACAAUGGCGGUAACGGUGGCGGUGCACUAAAUUUCCUAACGAAUGGUAUCAACGAUAAGGAUCUGAUGAAUGGUUCGAGUAAAACGUCAACAAUAAUGCGUAAAAAACGUUUAAAUGCCGUUAGAGCUAUUUUCAUACAGGCGUAUGGGAAAACUGUUGGCCUUAAGUUUAAAGAAGGUUCUGCCAUGAAUUUAGCCACAUUUAUUGGUACUUUAGCCGAUCAAUUAUUUUAGAAAUAAUGAGUGAAGGACGAUUGAUGAAAGAAGAUCCCAAAUCCAGUUGUCAUUUUGUUAAAGUACCUUAUUAUCGAUAACAUCAACAACAAUUACAUCCUCUAUCUACCUUUUCGUUCCUGCUAAACAUAUACAUAGAUACAUAUAUUUUUGUUUUGUUUUUAUUUUAUUUUUAUAUAUAUUUAAUUAUUUUUAAUUAAUUAUUGGUUUACAUCUAUGCGCGUUUGUAUAUCAUUUAAUUUUUAUUUUUAAUUGUGUUAAUUAGUUUGAAGUUUGUAAAAUAAUCAAAUAUAAGUUCAUUAGUAAUAAUAAUAUAUAAAUGAGAUGAAAAACGAUCAAGUUAAAGAAUAUUUUCACCACACGAAAGCGUAAAAUAAUGGAAUUUAGUAGACGCUUUACUGCUGGCGACAAUGACGACGAGGUUGUAAUAGCAAACUUUUUUUGUUUUGUAGAAAAAUACUUGUAUUUUGUUUAAGUUUAAAAGAGAAAAACAAAUCAAAUAAUGUAAACGAAAUUAAAUAUUUAUUUAUAGUUUUCGUAAAAUGUAAAAUAAUGAAUUCGUUUUUAAUUGAUUUUUAGUCUUUUUUGUUGGUAUUUUUAUUUAUUGCCAGUAUUGCUUGUGAAAAAAAAACUCUACAAUAUGAACAAUUUUAUUCUACUUAAUGAAAAUAAUCCAAUACCGAAUAAUCCGCCACUGAUAUUGAUAUACAUAAUUCGAUAUUAGUAUAAAUGUUAUUUAUAUAAUUUAUAAGAAGUCAAGUCUAACGAUUAUAAAAUCAUGGAAAGCAUAUUUUAUCUGUGAUUGAAAAUAACUAAAAUAAUUGAAACUUUGUCUGCCACGUUGUAGAAGCAGAACAAUAAUAAACAUUGUCCCACAAAAUACUUGCUCUGUUCCAGUACCUGCAAGAAUCACUAGUUUUGCAAUUUUUUUUUUUCGAUAUCAUAAAGGCAAAAUCGGUUAUGGUGGUAAAAACUUUUACAUUCUUGCAGUUCUGGAACAGACCAACUGUUUUGUCUAGGCAAUAUUUGUUGCUAUGUAACAGUUCUGCUAGGGUACUUUGGGUGGAGAGUACUUGGCGAGAAAAAUAAGUGGCUCCGGACCGUAGAUUCUACUGUCUAUUUAGGGGAGUCUCUGGACAGCAUAUUUUCCUAUUCAUAUAUUAGGUACGGUCAAAAUAUCAUUCUAUUUGAUCAUUUGACGGUUUUUAAACAUAGAUCAUACAUUUGAAUAUCUGAUCAAGUGUUUUUUGUGUGUUUUCAACCUAAUUUCCGAGCAGCCUCUGUGUCAGUUUCAAUUUUUUAUAGUUUUUUGAAAUCGUUACUACAGCAAUAUCACAAGUUUUUCAUAUGAAAUCUCUUAAAACAUUUGUCAGCUUUACAAUAUCCAGGACUCCCAUGUUGAGUUAGCGUCUAAGACAACCUACACCACAAUUGAAAUGUUCUGAAGAGGAAUUUGGAGUUUAUGUUCAGUAGCCUCGAGAAAAAAAAAAUUUAAAGGCAAUAUUGAGAAGCCAGAUAAUGGUCCGUUGAUAACCAAAUGGUGAACAAAAUAUGAUCAGUACGAAAUAUUUUAUUUCCGUAAGACAAGCUUUAUAAAAUCGUAACAGAUCAUCUUGCAAGAUGUUUGUAGAGUUGAUAAGCGCAAAUCAGAAUAAACCAUUUGAAGAAGUUUUGGAUCCUUUACUCGUCUCCUAUUAGUUUAAGUAUUUUUUAAAAUGCUUUGGAUGGGAUUGAAUUGCUUCACUCGGAGACCUUUGGUCCAUCGUGUUGAUCCAAGGACGAAAUGAGAAAUUUGGGAAUAGGAAAGAUGUAGAAGCUGUGAAUUGUGGCACAUUAAGUGUUCAAUUGUAUCAGAUUUGAACUUCUAAGCCGUAUAGUGAAGCCCACACAAGUUUUAAGGAGGAGUUUAUUCGAGAGGGUGGAGAAAUGUUUGGCAGUUCCAAAUUGCCUUUGACACCCUACAUUCAGUCGAAUUUACACAUUUUCACUAAACUGUUUUUAUCAAUUGAAUCAAAUGGAACAAUGGCUUCACCAAGUUUUUGACUCACACGCGUAAGUUGUCUAUUCAUCUGCCAAUUUGUUUCCUAAUAUGCGAACUUUUAAUGCAUCUAUGCGUUGUAGUAAACGGAUAGCCAAUUCAAUGAUUCCAUUAGUCAGUUGUCUACUGAUUGCAAAGAUGACCACUUGAAAUAUGUCGCAGUUGUCCGAAGUCUUGGAUGCAUUGCUGCAUCUGAAUUGUUUAGUGUCUAGAAAUGCGUGAUGAGGUCCAAACUUUCUUACAAGAAUUCAGUGAAUAGCGUGUGACUCAUCACCAGGUUUAUGACUCCUAGGCCUGCUAGAUCUAACGUUGCUCUACAUAUUUUGUUUCUCGUCCACAUCCUAGAAAUUAUCGAUGAUUAGAAAUCUGCUUCCAUAACGUUUUCGGUCACCAUCAGUUUCCAGUGCAACGAUAACCUAGUACAGAAGAUUAUCAGUCAGACUAACGGAUGUGUUUGAUGCUGUAUAAUCCAGUAAUUUUCUUUCCACCGGAAGUAUCAAUCAGGCUUUUUCAAAACAAAUCCUGAACGGAUAGUUCAAAUUGGUCCCAAGUUAACUUUUGGUUAUAUUCAGCACAAUCACAAUGAUUUUCCACGUAUACUUUUCUAUGCUAAACAAGCUUAUAAGUUUCCUACUUUCGUGCAUAAAUCAUUAUACAAUAACUUAAAGACACCAACAAUGUAAUUAAUUACUGUCAUAAAUAAAAAUGUUUAAAACACCCUUAAGUAGUAA